GGUGCGGAAGGCGGGUACGUCAGUCAGGCAGGUCGCGGUCUGGCAGGAGCUUCAUCAGAAUCUACGGGUGGGACCGCGAUCAACGUUGUGGCCUCGUCAGCUCCAGCCUUGUUUUACCCACAACAUGGCCACUGGGGACUUACAGGGGAAAUACCAGAAGCUGGCUCAGGAGUAUUCCAAGCUGCGGGCCCAGAAUCAGGUGCUGAAGAGGGCAGUUGUGGAUGAGCAGGCCAAUGGCACAGCACUAAAGGAGCAGCUGAAAAUGAAGGAUCAGUCGCUGAGGAAGCAGCAGCAAGAGAUGGACAGUCUCACUUUUAGAAACCAGCAACUGGCCAAGAGGGUGGAGCUGCUGCAGGACGAGCUCUCGCUAAUGGAUGUUAAGGGCAAGAAAACCAAGAAGAACAUGGAUACCUCUCAGCUGAGCCAGGAACAGAAAAGUGUGUUUGAUGAAGACCUUCAGAAGAAGAUAGAGGAGAAUGAGCGCUUGCACAUACAAUUUUUUGAGGCCAGCGAGACGCACAGGCAGAUGGAGUCUGAGCUGACAAGCCGGUUGCAAGAGUUGGAGACAAACACGGCACAACACCAGGCCGUGGUGGAUGGACUGACCCAGAAAUACAUGGAUACAAUUGAAAAGCUGCAGGGGGACAAAGCAAAGCUGGAGGUGAAGUGUCAGGCUCUUGAGAGGGAAGCGAAGGAUUGCAGGCUGAGGACAGAAGACUGUCAGAACCAGCUGAAGACACUUCAUACAGAUCUGAGCAGCCGACUGGACGACUCCUUAGUCAUCAUCAAUGAAAAACUGCCCUUUAACGACACAAGAACAAGCCAAUUGAAUGCCCUGAAUGUACCCGUGCAUAAUAAAAGAUAUCAGCUAAAAGCACGGGAAUUAGCAAAUCAGGGUCUGUCUUUUGUCCGAGAUCUGGUGACUGCUCUCCUGAACUUUCACACAUACACAGAACAGAGGGUCCAGAUCUUUCCUAUAGACUCCGCCAUUGAUGUUGUCUCACCAUUAAAUAAGAAGUUUUCCGAAUACCUUCACGAAAAUGCCUCUUACGUGCGUCCUCUUGAGGACGGAAUGUUGCAGUUGUUUGAGAGCAUCACUGAGGAUACUGUUACAGUGCUGGAAACUGCAGUUAAACUGAAAAUAUUUUCAGAGAAUUUUUCAUCAUAUGUCUGUUUUCUGCAAAAGAUUCUUCCCUAUCAGUUAAAAAGUUUGGAAGAAGAGUCCGAGUUUUCCAGCGGCACGUCAGCUUUGCGGUCAAGAAAUCAGGAGCUGCACAAGGACAUGCAGAAAAUAACAGCAGUGUUUGAUAAGUUGAAGACUUACAUUACCCUGCUUGCCUUACCAAGCACCAAACCAGAAGGACUGCUCAGAACCAACUACGGGACCAUACUGACACAGAUUUCUGAGGCUCUCCAUAGACUGCAUGAUAUUUCACAAGAGCUCUCCAAACACUAUAAUAAUAAAGCUGCGCUGGAACAGGAGCUGCCAGCAGCCACGGAUAAGCUGAAAACCACCAACGACUGCGUCUUGUCUUCUCUGGCGGCUUUAACCAACGUGACGAGCAAGAUUGCAACCUUCUUCGGCAACAACCUGGACUACUUCAUCUCCUCUCUGAGCUACGGACCAAAAGGGGGCCGGGGCUUUACCAAUCCUCUGUCGGCUGAAACGAUGCUUGUGUACAAAAAGAAAGCGGCCCAGUACAUGAACAACUUGAGGAAGCCCUGUCCAGCUUCAGUGCCUUAUGAAGAGGCUCUAGUCAAUCGCAGAGUCCUCCUGAGUUCUACAGAAAGCAGAGAAGGUCUAGCACAACAGGUGCAGCAAAGCCUGGAGAAGAUUGGGAAGCUGGAGCAGGAGAAGGAGCACUGGAUGCUGGAGGCGCAACUAUCCAAGAUUAAACUGGAGAAAGAGACUCACAGAAUCGCUGCUCUCAUAAAGGGCACAGAGAAGGGGCAGCUGCCGGAGGUCCCACAUGAUAAUGCCUUAUUAUUAGAUGCAGGGGAGCACGGGAAGGGGAACUCAACAGAGACAAAAAGCACCAGUUUGAUUGGAAUGCUCACUGUCACUAUAGAAGAUCUGCAGGCCCCGGAUCAUGACUCCAGAGAAGAGCUGAUCAAAAAUCAUUACAUGACCAGAAUAGCCGAGCUCACGACCCACUUACAGCAGGCAGACAGCAAAGCAGUUCAUCUGUAUGCAGAGUGCCGGGCGCUUGCGAAGCGGUUAACUUUGUCCGACAAAUCCAAUCGGAUCCUAACGGAAGAGACCAAAUAUUCGGUUCAAAGCAUCAGCAAGUUACAGGAUGAAUUAAUUACAACUAAGAGAAGUUACGAAGAUCAGCUGAGCAUGAUGAGUGACCACCUCUGCGUUAUGAAUGAAACGUUGUCAAAGCAACGGGAAGAGAUAGACACUUUAAAGAUGGCUAACAAGGGAAAUUCUAAGAAGAACAAGAUGCGAUAGUGGAGACAAGCGGACGCUCUUCAGAAGAAGCUGCUGCUAUACAGAUUGCAGGGCGGCCUUUGCAAGUCUCUAGGAGAACGUCUGGUGUCCGUUUAGCACUGUGAAUCUCUGAACCAACUUUUGCUGUGAAAGCGGCUGCAGAGUAUCGGCCUUUGUAGGCGGGGCAAAGUGUUUAACCCUUUGUGUUGCUAAAUCGAUGCACUCCAUGUGGCACUGGAAUGGUCAAGGCACCUGUGAAAUUAUUAUUAUGGGAAAUGAUGUUUAUAAAAUAAUGUCCACUCCAAACGUACCUCUCAAGUCCUUGGAAGUUGUUUUUAUUUUGCACUUUAAAUUUUAAUUUCUUUCUACAUAUAUAUAUAGCUUUAAGUUUUUUGUACGCUUCCGUGUCAUGUAUGAAGCCCCCUCGUUCUACUUGUAACAGUAAGUUUUCUUGGCUCAUAUAUUGAGCCAGAUUCAUUUCAGUGAGAAAAAGUUCUCAUGGUUUAUCACGUAAAAAGUCUUUAACGAGAUUCAGUUUGAGGAGAAAAAGCUCUUUUCCAAAUUUAGUUCCAGUUUUUUUCUCAUAGACUUCAAUAGAGUUUCAUGUGACAAACUGCGAGAUACGUUUUUCUGAAUUGAAUGUCGUCCAUGAGUUUUCACGUGAUUUUCUCGCUGAACUGAAUCUGGCCCAUCAUGUCAUAACUAGCACCUCCAUGUCUAAAAGGGAACCACUGCCUCCGUGCUGUUCAUGGUCUGUUUACGCUGCAUUUCAAAUAAUGCCUCCGCCUAAAUUUCAUUGUCUGUAGAGUCGGAGAAAAAAA